CUAAAGAGUACAUCUUACCCGGAGAAUUGAAGGAAUAUGACAGCAUUGACAAGAAAUUGAUCAUUCUUUUUUUCAUCAUAUUUAAAUUUUCUACUUAAUGGCAAUAAUCACUCAGCUGUGUGACAGUUACGUAUUCGUGCGUAAUUGUAGUGGCAUGAUGCCUGAAAACAUUGAAUGAUAUCGCACCUCAGCUCAUCUUGAUGCUGCUGAUUUGCUGCUCUCAAGUUUGCAUUCUUGCUUGUGAAAUUUAUUCACUCUAAGUUAUUCGUUCGUUAAAAUAUAUAUUGAUUUAAUAACAUGUUCGUGUAGCCUAGCCUAGCGUGAAUGGUUGUCUUGUGCAUGAGAGAGGGGUGCAAUUUUGAGCUCAGGGGAUAUAAUGAUGCUAACUCGUUCUUGAGCGAUUCGACUGGAUGAGCUGCGUCUUCUGGAUUAUUGAAGGAGUGGACUAUAGAGCAGGUAAUUCUCGAAAUCAACAAAGCGAACAAGGACGCACAACCGUUUGUUUUGGAACAAACAGGGAGACGUUCAGCCUUGGAACUGCUGGAAUUAUCUAAACAUGGUCCAUUGUGCUGGAUGCGAAAGGCCUAUCCUGGACAGGUUUCUACUCAAUGUUCUGGACAGACCAUGGCACAUCAAGUGCGUACAGUGCUUUGACUGUAAAUGCAAUUUGACAGAAAAAUGUUUUUCAAGGGAAGGGAGACUGUACUGCAAAAGCGACUUUUUUAGGAGAUUUGGCACAAAGUGUGGAGGUUGUGCCCAGGGGAUAUCGCCCAACGAUUUGGUUCGUAGGGCAAGAAGCAAGGUUUUUCACCUGAACUGUUUCACGUGUAUGAUGUGUAACAAACAGCUAUCCACUGGAGAGGAACUGUACAUUCUAGAUGAAUUUAAGUUUGUUUGUAAAGAGGACUACCUAAGCAACAGCAACGGAAAGGACACAACCCUCCUAUCAGUCACGACUUGCAGUGACCCAAGUCUAUCUCCAGAUUCCCAAGACCCACAUGAUGAUGGUAAAGACUCAGAAAUCGGACAUUUAUCCGAUAAAGAGGUGGGCAGCAAUGAAAACGAUGAGCAGAACGUAGGGGGGAAAAGGCGUGGGCCGCGAACCACUAUCAAAGCCAAGCAAUUGGAGACCCUCAAAGCUGCUUUCGCUGCCACGCCAAAACCCACCAGACACAUCCGAGAACAGCUGGCGCAGGAGACAGGGCUCAACAUGAGAGUGAUCCAGGUUUGGUUCCAGAACCGGCGAUCUAAAGAGCGGCGUAUGAAGCAGCUGAGCGCACUGGGGGCUAGAAGACACGCGUUCUUCCGCAGUCCAAGGAGAAUGAGAACUCUGGUGGACCGACUUGAACCGGGGGAGCUGAUCCCCAACGGUCAUUUUUCAUACUAUGGAGAUUAUCAGAGUGAAUACUAUGGUCCUGGAGGAAAUUUUGAGUACUACACCCAAGGGCCCCCAUCAUCACAGGCCCAGACUCCAGGUGAUCUAGGCUUCUCAUCCGGUCCCUCUGGUACCCCUUUAGGGGGCAUGGACCAUCACCUAGCUGGACAUCAUCCGUCCGGUGAGGUGCAGUGCUUCACUGAUAUCAUAUCUCACCAUCCAGCGGACUCGCCUAGCCCAGAGCCCAACGGACCUGGGUCAAUGCACAGCAUCUCCAGUGAGAUGUGUGGCUCCAGCACACCUUUCACCUCACUGUCCCUCAAUGGCAGCGGAUACAGCAACCAACUGUCACAUCCCUCCUCAGAGAUGAGUGAAGGCACGGUCUGGUAACCAACAGGACAUUAUAAAGUCAAGGCUCCCUUUGAUUUAUUAGACAAAUGAAGGCCUGAGAGACUAUUCCUUUUAUUUAUAUUACGAUACUUUUUUAUUUAUUCAUCAUUUAAUUCAUUUAAUUAUUUAUAUGCAUUUAAUGUAUUAUUUGUCUCCAACUUUUGCGGUGUUAAUGUUGCAGUUUUGUUUGUAUACAUGGUAACAAUACAGUCAUAUAAUGGUGAAUACUGUAUGUGCGUUCAGCAGAUCUUUUCAUUUUAGAAGGCCUACCAUAUCAGAUCAUUAUUUUUGACCAAAAUCUUUUGAUGAUGGCUUUGGAAAUUGUGCUUAUUUCUCUGUAUAUUCACGUGUUUUGCCAAAUCCUAGAGAGUUUGCCUUCAAAAGGAAAACUUUAAAAAGUUGUAUAACCCUUUAUUUAAUAGAAAAUAACUUGAAUUUUAAGAUGAAGUCAACCUUCUAAAAAUCGAUGGACAAUGGUUUAAGGUGGACAUAGAACAGUCAACUGUUUACGUGUAUAUUUACAGUACUUCAGGGGUUUGAAUAUCAGCAUUGUUUGAAACCUCUCGUGAUUCAGAUGGAGAACAUCUUUCAAGCAACAAACCAAACUUUUGUAUUUAUUCUAUUUAUAUUAUGGUUGUGGUUCCUCACUGUGCUAGUUUGUAUUAUUGUGUUCACUUUGAAGGAUAUGUAAAAACACAAAUAGACAGUUGCCAAAUAAGGAUAAAAGCACAAUUCAGUUAGUGCUUUGCAUCAUUAAUUCCUGAAAACCCUACAAAACCUGUAGUAGUGUUUUUAACUGAAUGUGUUAAAUUCUAUUUCUUUCUUUAUUGAGGAUUUCUAUCAUGGAAAUGUUUCAUUGCAGAUCACUGAAUUGAAGAACCAUAGUCCAAAAGGCUUUAUUUUGUGUCUUUACACAAAAGUCCAAAUUAUUAAACAUUGAUGGUCAAAUAUGCCACCAGCAGCUGCUAUUUUCUUGAAAUCAAGUCUCAUAUUAUGUAUUUUAAUGUUCUGCUGAACCUAAGCUUGUGACCUCCAGUGCAUAUUAGACCAU